CGUGCGCGCGGUCGACGGCGUCGACCUGACAUACGUGAGGGCGAGACGCUUGGACUCGUGGGAGAGAGCGGGUGCGGUAAGUCGACGCUCGGCUAUUCGAUCCUCCAGCUCGAGAAGCCGACGGGCGGCGCAGUCUCUUUCGAGGGUACCGACCUUACGAAGCUCAAGAAGAGCGAAAUACGCCCGUUCCGCAAGAAGAUGCAGAUUGUAUUCCAGGACCCCGCCGCCGCGCUCGACCCUCGGCAGACCGUCGGAGAGGCAAUCGCCGAGCCGAUCAGGAUUCACCGGAUCGUGGAGGACGACGAGGUGGAGGACCGCGUCGAGGAGCUCCUGAAGACGGUGGGCCUCAACCCCUACUUCAAGAACAGGUAUCCGCACGAGUUCAGCGGCGGCCAGCAGCAGCGCAUCGUCAUCGCGAGGGCGCUGUCGGUCAAUCCAACGUUCAUCGUCGCGGACGAGCCGAUCUCGGCUUGGACGUGUCGAUUCAGGCCCAGAUCAUCAACCUGCUGGAGGAACUGCAGGACCAGUUCCAGCUGA